AUGGCAAUUGACGCGUUCGUUCUUCCGCAAGACUUGAUAACCUAUCUUGGUGCGGAUUAUAUUUCACACAUGACCUGUUUUCAUUUAAAUGUUCGGUCUGCGAAAAGCGAAGCUGUAGAUCUUGAGCUACUUUUCGAUCAAUUUGGUUUUUCUUUCGAUGUCAUCAUGCUUACAGAAACCUGGUACACUGAAGAGACUGACGUACUACAACUCCCUACAUACCGCUCUUUUUACAUAAAUCGUAAAGAGAAACGUGGUGGUGGCUUAGCCAUUUUGACAAAAAGUGUUUCUGGUGAAGUAAUAGGUGAUUAUAGUUGCAUCACUCAAGAUUACGAAAUGAUGUGUAUACGCAAUAACCAGAAUAUCUUUGCUGUGGUGUACCGGCCACCAAACGGCAACAUUGAAUCGUUUUUAAAAUUUUUUGAGUCUUUUUUGGUUUUUGUUAAUGAAGAAAAAUGUAAUGUAAUUUGUGGUGGCGACUUUAAUAUUGAUAUGAGCGCGGAAACCGUAGCUAAAAAA